AUUUCCAGUUUUGUCAACGUAUAUGUUUGGUGCCUGCAAGGCCUUUGUCUUGUUAGUAGUGUUGGUUAUUGAAAAUAAAAUAACUGUGUGAUACGGGUUGGCAGGCCCGCAGGUAGCGAUGGCUAUGGUGACGCGACGCUGGCUGUCAUCAGCAGCCUCUGCGAAGUCGUCGGGGAAAGGUCUCGUCGUGCCGGUGGCGGAAGUACACCGCUUCAUCGUGGACUGUUUGAAGGCUGUGGGUACCUGCACAGACAAGGCGUGCGUCCAGGCAGACGUGCUAGUCGCCGCCGACUACAGGGGACACUUCAGCCAUGGCAUGAACAGGCUCGAGAUGUACGUGAAGGACGUAAAGAAUGGAACAUGCAUGCCCAAUGCCGAGCCAUGUGUUCUGAAUGAUACGCCAUCAACAGCGUGGGUGGAUGGCAACAACGGACUGGGCGCAAUCGUUGGCAACUACUGCACCCACAUGGCCAUCCAGAAGGCCAAGCAGACCGGGAUAGGAUGGGUCACUGCCAAAUGUUCUAAUCACUAUGGAAUAGCUGCUUUUUAUGCUGAACAAGCACUACAGGAAGGAAUGCUGGGUAUGACUUUUACAAACACAUCACCACUGAUGGCACCAACUCGUGCAAAGCAGGCAGCCCUGGGUACAAAUCCAUUGGCACUGGCAGCUCCAGGAACUGGAGGGGAUAGUAUCAUUAUUGAUAUGGCCACAACUGCUGUCGCUGUGGGAAAGAUUGAAUUCCAGCGGCGUAAAAAAGCACCUAUUCCAUCCGGCUGGGCUCUGGGCCCCGAUGGUGCACUAACAACAGAUGCUGAGGUGGCCUUCAAAACUGGCCUUCUCAUGCCCCUUGGGGGUUCAGAAACGCAUUCUGGAUAUAAAGGCUAUUGCUUGGGUAUUCUUGUUGAAGUAUUUUCUGGAAUACUUAGUGGUUCUGCUUAUGGUCCUAAUAUUCGCCAUUGGCUGAGGCCUACAGAUAAACCUGCAGACAUAGGACACAGUUUUGUAGCAAUUAACCCCAACUGCUUUGCUCCAGAUUUUGGAUGCCGUAUGCAAGACCUGAUGACAUACCUCAGAAAUUUGAAACCACAAGAUCCCAGCAAGCCAGUACUUGUACCAGGUGAUCCUGAGAGGAAAAACAUGAAACUUGUUGAUAAACAAGGAGGAAUACAAUACCAUGAGAACCAACUCAAGGCAUCGCUGGGACUUGCUCAGGAGUUGUGUGUAGAACCAAUGCAGACAGUACCUAUGAAGACAUGUUAGCAAGUUUCUGAAGCCAUGUACUUAAGGAUAAAGCUUGACCAGGAAAAAAAAGACCAACGUGGAGCUAGAAGAGAGUGCUAAUUGUGUUCAUUUUUAUGAUCAGCAUGAAAUAUCGAAAUAAUUUCCCUUCAAUUUAUUAUGUUAUCAAGUUUGUAUUAUUUGUUACAGUUUUUGUUGUCCAUUAAACAACUUUAUGUCAAUGUGUU